CUAGCAUCGCGGCAGCUGUGUUGAUAUUAAACAUUCACCUAUCUCGACUGGCUGUAUAGACUUCCCCCCGCACGGAUAAUCCACGACCUUAUCUGGACGCUGUUCUGUCCGACGUCAAACCCUUAAUUUAGCCCAUUCACCGUCUCUUCCCUGUCCUCUGGCUAUCUUUUCUUUUGGGUCGUUGGAGUUUAUUCUGAAUUUUAUUUUAUUUUUUACCUUUUCGUUCGUCUCCCCUUCGUCCUCCCUUGCAGUUCUGAUCUUCCUCUUUCUCUCUUCCAUACACCUGUCGAUCAUCUUCAUCAGCCCCCGUAACAGUGAAUCCUAAUCGCCAAUGACGGUCUAAUCAGACAAUUAACAGACUGUUUGUCCCGAUUCCACCAUGGCCAGCGAAGAGCCAGAUCAUCCCACCCAGGCCAUUGCGCCCUCGCGCGACACGCCAGAGGGGACAGACCUGAAACAACCUCCCUCCGAAAAACACCCUAUUCAGGAAGCGAGCUCCGUGGACAGCAGUGGGCGCAAUAAGAGCGACAGGGAGGUUGAGGAAGCCGGUGAGGUGUCGUCGCAGCCCUGGCACCGUCACAGACUUUUCAAGCAUGUCCGACAUGUAGUAUACGCCGUCAUCUGGUUGCUGUUCACUGGAUGGUGGAUCACGGGCCUCAUUCUCCAUCGCUAUGACCUGGGCUGGUUGAUCCCCUUCCUCAUAUAUCUGGCCAUCACCCUGCGGAUGAUCUUCUUCUAUCUCCCCAUCGCGACGCUCACCCGUCCCGUGUACUGGGUGUGGAAUCAGACAGCCUCGCGGUUCGUCAGCAUCAUCCCGGAGAAGUUCCGCGUCCCGAGCGCCGCCCUGUUGACCAUUGGCGUCAUCCUCCUGGGCUCCUUCGUCACCGAGGAAUCGGGCGACAACACGCGCGCAAACCGCGCGGUGAGCCUGUUUGGCCUGGUGGUCUUCCUCUUCGUGCUGUGGGCCACCUCGCGAGACCGCAAGCGCAUCAACUGGCACACCGUCAUCGUGGGCAUGCUGGUGCAGUUCAUCAUCGCCCUGUUCGUGCUGCGCACCAAGGCCGGGUACGACAUCUUCAACUUCAUCUCCUUCCUGGCCCGCGAGCUGCUCCAUUUCGCCUCCGAGGGCGUCGACUUCUUGUUGGAACCGGGGUUCGCGGCAAAGCAUUCCGCCUGGUUCCUCAUCAACGUCAUCCCCGCCAUCAUGUUCUUCGUCUCCCUCGUCCAGCUGCUCUACUACUCCGGUGUCCUGCAGUGGGCCGUCGGCAAGUUCGCCGUCUUCUUCUUCUGGUCGAUGCGCGUGUCCGGCGCCGAGGCCGUCGUCGCGGCCGCCUCGCCCUUCAUCGGACAGGGCGAGUCCGCCAUGCUGAUCAAGCCCUUCGUGCCCUACCUGACGAUGGCCGAGAUCCACCAGGUCAUGUGCUCCGGGUUCGCCACCAUCGCGGGCUCCGUCCUGGUCGCGUACAUCGGCAUGGGGAUCAACCCACAGGCGCUGGUCUCAUCCUGCGUGAUGAGUAUCCCCGCCUCACUGGCGGUGUCCAAGCUGCGAUGGCCCGAGGAGGAGGAAACCUUGACUGCCGGCCGCGUCGUCGUCCCCGAAGACGAGAGCGAGCGGGCCGUCAACGCCCUGCACGCCUUCGCCAACGGCGCUUGGAUGGGCAUCAAGAUCGCGGGCAUGAUCGGCACCACGCUGCUCUGCAUCAUCUCCCUGGUCGGCCUGGUCAACGGCCUGCUGACCUGGUGGGGCCACUACCUGAACAUCCGCGACCCCGAACUCAACCUCCAGCUCAUCCUGGGUUAUCUCUGCUACCCAAUCGCCUUCCUCCUCGGUGUGUCCCGAGACGGGGAUCUUCUCAAGGUCGGCAAGCUCCUCGGCACCAAGCUGAUCAUGAAUGAGUUCGUCGCCUACCAUGAUUUGCAAAAAGGCGAGGAAUACCAGGACCUGUCGGACCGCUCCCGCUUGAUCGCCACAUACGCCCUCUGCGGGUUUGCCAACAUCGGCUCGAUCGGACAGCAGAUCGGUGUGCUGGGACAGCUGGCGCCCGGUCGAUCGGGCGAUGUCUCCCGGGUGGCGGUUAGUGCGAUGCUGACGGGCGCGAUCAGUACCUUUACCAGUGCGGCGAUUGCGGGGAUGUUGAUUACGAACGAAAAGCAGUAUUUUACAGAAGGUUGAUUGUUUUUUUUUUUUUUUU